AUGACUGAUAUGGAAUCUUUAAAGUACUUCCUUGGUUUGGAGAUCUCUUCUACUGUUAAUGGCCUGUUUGUGCAUCAAUCCAAGUAUACUAAAGAUGUGCUUCAUCGUUUUGGUAUGACCAGUGCAAAGUCUUGCUCUACACCUUUGGCUUUAGUCUCUUCUACUGAUUCGAGGAUCCUUUGCUCUACUGAUGAUUCUCGAAAUUAUAGAGCUCUUACAGGUGCUCUUCAUUAUCUUACUUUCAGCCGGCUGGAUAUUGCCUUUGCUAUAAGCAAGCCCUUUCAAUUUAUGCAUAGUCCUCAUGAAGCUCAUUUGGUGGCUGCUAAACGUCAUGGCAUAUUAUUUCGCAAAAGUACUUCUGAUCCCCUAAGACUUCUUGCUUAUUGGGACUCUGACUGGGCUGGCGAUUCACUGGAUUGGCGUUCUACCUCUAGGUAUGUUGUUUUCUGA